AAAAUAAGAAAAUAUCACAUGAGUUUUAACAAUCAGAAUUACAUAUAUGAAGAAUUUAAGGUUGAAGAAAUAUAAUUUGUUCCAGAAAUGAGAUAAAAUAAAUCCAUUGUUGCAAAUCCUUAAAAAAUUACUAAAAAGUUUUGAAUCAAUUUUAUUUAAGAUAUUCAAUUUGUUCAUUUUGUUUGGCUUAUUAAGAAAAUGAAGAAAACACUCCCUAUUAAUGUAAAAAUAUAACAUGUGGAAAAUUUGUUAAAAUUCCAGUUUAAUAUGAAGUGUUUUAAUGCCCUACAUGUUUGGCAAACAUUCUGCAUCAACCUUAAAGUAGUUGAAUAUUAUUUUUUUUAGGUUCAAUUAUUUGUUCAUACUGUAAGUAAGUAGUAAAAUGGUCUGAUCAGAUAUUGAAUUAAGCCUCUUAAAUAACUUAAAGUAUAAAAAAACAAAAUUGA